AUGAUGUUUACCGCAACAAAACCGAUAGAACCUAAGAAAUAUCGAUAUCCACCGGAACGCCAAUCAAAACCAAAUGGAUUAAUUUUUGGAGUGGUUGUGGACAAAAAAGGCGAUGCAUCUGGAACAACCAUGAAACAAAACGAAAUCUUUUGUUAUUCGCCAAGUAUUCGCAAGAAUUUCGGAUAUUUCGUCAUGCCAAAAACAUAUUGGAAAUCUAUGAAGAAAGGCGAUUGGUUCGUUUGCGUCCCGGAAUAUGUGGAUCACAAAGAUCCUGCUGAAUUUGAGGAAAAACAUUUGACUCAGGUGAGAUUAUCUUUAUUUUUCUGCGAGGAUUCAUUAUAGAAAAUAUUUUCAGAUAAAGUUAAUUCCACACAAACGCCGAUUUGAUUCCCAACUACCACAAACAUUGGUUCAUCUGGAGAACGUGCAGAUUUGCUCAGAAUUCAUCAAAAGUCCCAAUUUCAUUGACAACAAUUAUUUGGCGGCAACAAGAGGAUCAGCAAAUAUUCAUAAAUUGGUUUUGUGGAAUACGGGCACGGCAUUUGUGAGUUUCUGUGUCAAAACGCGUGAAAAAAUAUUUCUUUUUUUUCAGUUUUCCGAGAAGAAAUUCCCCAUCGAUUGCAUCCAGGAAAACCGAGUUUAUCGAGGAGUCUUCGAAUUUCGCGGUCCGGACAAUGGUGGUGUAAACUUUCGGCCACAUGUCAAAGAUAAAUAUACAAUGCCAUUGGAAAGAGACACAUAUUGGGAGCUUGUUGAAAUCAUGGAAUUGCGAAUGGCAGUUGAAUCGAAAACGGGAGAAUGUGUCAAAGAUUUGCCAAUUGAGAAAUCACCGUAUUGGGUAAAAUAUGUGAGGGUCUUUUUUUUGAAAUGCAGUAUUGUGGAAUUAAAAAAUUUUGGCAGAAGAAAAAAGAGUCAGCUAGUCCUCGUAAAUAUUUCGAAAAUGAAUGAAUGUCUGUGUGUGCGUGCGGUCGCGAUGCGGUCGUAAUAAAAUCAAUAAAAAUAUCGGCAAUUUUUUCAUUGUUUUCCUUCGAAAAUGUUGUUUUUUUUUUCGACCGCAUCGCGACCGCGCGCACACACAGACAUUCAUUCAUUUUCGAAAUAUUUACGAGGAACUAGCUGACUCUUUUUUCCUCUGCCACAUUUUUUUAAUUCCACAAUAUGAUGAAAUUAAAAAAUAACUGUAAAUUUCAGCUCAAAGAUCUCAAAGAAUGGGCAAUCGAAUAUGGCGAAACAAUCGAGGUGAAAUUUCUGAACAAUCCACCGAAGACAACACCGAAACGCGAUGUUAACUCGAAUUUUUGCUCGCCAAGAAACGUCUCACUCAAACUCCCACCAAAAGCAAUCGAGAACAACAGAACGGUAAUAUUCUUUUCAUUUUUUGUAGCGGUUUGGGUUGUCUUUUGGUGUUUUUUCAAAUAAAUUAUCAUAUCUAAAAAAAAAGAAUCUGAUUUUUCUUGAAAAAAAGUUGAUUUUUCAAUAUAUAUGAAUAUAUUUCAUUUUUUUCAGCUCAAUUUCCAACAAUCGAGAAUUAUCAAUCAGACGACUACUAAAAUUAAUGGGCUGCAUUCGAGAUUUGAAUCACUGCGUUUUUCAAAUUCAAACUAUGAACCUGUAUUCACACCAAGAAAUACACAACCAAUUGUUGCAGAAGGAAGAAGAAUGGAACAAUUGAACUACAAUAGGAAUGUGGAGUAUAUGUAUUCCGAUAACACCUACGAUACUGCAAAUUUAUCGUUUGCACCGCGUCAGGAAAUGUGUUCGACGCCAAGAACAAGUCCAAAACAACAAAGAAGACGUUUUUGA